AGUUAUUACACCACAGAAAACUCAACAUGGAGGAACACAUCCACUUCCUGAUGUUCAAAUAAUGCUGAAGAUACGAAAGUCUCCUUCACGAAAUGACUUUUUCAGAACAUUCUAGAAUCUGACUGACAUCAAGCGAUAAAACAGAGGAGGAUGAAGAAACAGAGCUUUAAGAAGAGACAGCAGACGGGGUCGUCCUCCCAUUCUAAGAAGAAGAAACAAGUCAAGAAACAAAACUCCCCCAAAUCAUCUUCAGGACAAAAAAACACUCAAAACAAAUAUCAACUUCCUGUUACAUGUGGCUAUAAAGAGGGUGUCCUGUAUUUGAAAAAAUAUUAUGAUAAGCAGAAAUGCAUCUUCAGUGAGGAACAAUGGUUCAAGCCCACUGAGUUUGAGAGGUUUGGAAUGAAAGAGAAGAACAAAAAGUGGAGGACCAGCAUCCUUUGCAGUGGGAUUCCACUCCAGAAACUCAUAGAGGAUGGAUUUCUUUCAGCUUCAACCUUUAAAAAAAGCAGUGUUCAGGAUGCAAAGAAGAGAAAAAGCUAUGAGGGUUUGCAAAAACAAGAAUCACAUGAAAAGAUUGAAGACAAUAAAGACGAUGAUGAUGAAGACGAAGAUGAGGACGACGCUAUUGACAUGAGCGUGUUUGAAGGUCCAGUCUUACCUGUUACAUGUGGAUCUGACUCUGGCAUUCUACACAAAUAUCGAUUUUCCACAGGGCGUUGUAGGAGAUGCAUAAGAACUGAGGAUUUCUGGCUGACACCUGAGGAUUUCAUCAGACUGAACAAACCAGAUGGAACAUGGAAGAAAGACAUUGUGUCCCAUGGAAUGCCUCUUGGGAAGCUUAUAAAGAAAAGAGUUUUGGAACCACAUGCAGUCAACUGUGAUUGUGAGAUCUGCCAAGAACCGGAUCAGAACCAACUGAAUGAUGACGUGUGUUUCGUGUGUAACUCUGAUGGAGAGCUUUUGUGCUGUGACGAGUGUCCACGAGCUUUUCAUUCACGCUGUCACCUACCAGCUCCAGACGGAGACUCACAUGGAAGCCAGUGGAGCUGCACAUUUUGUGUGAUGAAGAAGAUGGACAGUUCUAGUCAAAGAACCCAAGAGAAUGUUUUGAGCAGUCCAGUCUCUCAGUACACACUGCACUGCCAGUAUCUGCUUUUACACCUGCUACACGAGAGCAAGACUGACCUGUGUGCCAAUGCUCCAGGAUACAGUGAGAACAUCUGUGGUCCCAUGAUGCUGGGCAGAGUGAGAAUGAACUUGGAGAAUAAUGACUAUCAAACAGUGCAAGAGUUUAUCACAGCGAUUGAAUACGUUUUCCACCACUGCACCGCCAACAGGGAUAAUGACUUCAGUAGAAUGACCUUUAGGCUCAAGGAACUGUUUGAAACAGUCUUUAAGCCCCUGUAACAUCACAACCUUAAAAAGAAGUAUUUUAUUAGAAUGUAUGAUAACAUUUGUGAGUAUUGUACAGAAAUUAUAAGUUAAGGAAAAUAUAUUUAGACAAUAUUUGAUGGAGUUCAGUUAUAAACAAUUAUGUGCAGUGUAUUCAACACCACCUUUUAAUAAAAAGGUUUUAACUCUGA